AUGGAUUACUUUAAAAAAGCCUACCAUGACGUGAGAUUCAACUUUGACCACUUCAUCGUCGACUACAAGAGAAAAUAUUACAGUUUGAAUCAAAACCCACGAGUAUUACGGACAAGAGUUCCCAAUCAGCCAUUCACAUCAUUAAGAACGUAUGAAUAUUGUCCAUCUGUGCCAGUUUUCGAUGUUGCAGAUACAGCGCUGGUUGUACUUGGCGACGAAGAUAAGGAGAAUGUACCUGAAGCAUGGAUAAGAACGGCGGAUAUAAACUUAUUUCCAUCAUUUGAUGCUUGUUUUGACCAAUGUUCAAGCGAGAUGCAGCCGCCGAGGGUAUUUUCGGAAUCGAAUUUGAACAUAGUUGGUUAUGACUGUUUGGAAACAUUUAGCUUGGAUAUGAAUGUGGGUAGUCUGACUAGUCCAGUGAAGAAUGAAGAUGAGGCGAUGACGCAUGAUGACGAUGAGGAGUCGACCGAUUACAAUGACCUGUAUUCUGGUAUGCAAUAUGUGAGUCCCUUUCAUUUGGUUUAUCCAACUCCACUGUCCGAUGAAACAGAGGUGAAAAAGAGCAACCGGUUGUCUAGACUCGUCAGGUCAUUGAGUAAUGUGGGAAGUAGAGGAUAUGACAAAGUCGAGCAGUCAAUGCCUUGUGUCAACUUGGCCACUCCUGAAAUGGAUAACCAAGAGAUAAAGGCUGCAUCGCCAAAGCCUCACAGACGCCCACCCGCUCCUGAAAAUCAACCAUCCAAUCAGAUUUGGAAGAUGGUGUUGAAUGAUGCGUCACUAUCUGCAGCAAGAAUCUCAACUGGAAAUUCCACUUCAGCAGUCGUCACCAAUCAAUAUAUUAAAGGAGAUUUUACUGAUGCAAAAGUAUCUCCGGCCACAUCGACACCAAAAGACAUUUUUGCUGAACAUUUGGAACAGGCCAAGUUGAAAUACAGUCCCAAGUCUAGUCUAGUCUAG